UGUUGUGUGUGUUUUCGGGGGUUGGUCCUGUUGUUCACCGGAGCUCGAUAACGAUGAAACAGAACUCUAACGUGCCGGCCUUCCUGAGCAAGCUGUGGACCUUAGUGGAGGACACGGACACCAACGAAUUCAUCACUUGGAGCCAGAAUGGGCAGAGUUUUCUGGUUCUGGAUGAGCAACGGUUUGCCAAAGAGAUACUCCCCAAGUACUUCAAGCACAACAACAUGGCCAGUUUUGUAAGGCAGCUAAACAUGUAUGGUUUCCGUAAAGUUGUGCAUGUAGACUCUGGGAUUGUGAAGCAGGAGAGGGAUGGACCAGUUGAGUUUCAGCAUCCAUUCUUUGUUCAAGGACAAGAUGAGUUGUUGGAGAACAUAAAAAGAAAGGUUUCAUCUACAAGACCCGAAGAAACAAAAGUGAGACAGGAAGAUAUAACAAAAAUUUUAAGCAGUGCUGCUAAAGUACAAAUCAAGCAGGAAACAAUUGAUUCAAGGCUGUUUACCUUGAAAAGGGAGAAUGAGGCAUUGUGGAGGGAAAUUUCUGAACUCCGGACCAAACAUAACCAUCAGCAACAGGUUAUAAGAAAGAUUGUACAAUUCAUUGUGACCUUGGUCCAGAAUAACAGAUUAGUGAGUCUAAAGAGAAAACAGCCACUGCUACUCAACACCAACGGUUCUCCAAAAGCCACACAUUUGCAUUCAAUUGUAAAAGAAUCAAGAGAGGACAAACACGUUCCGCUUAGAAAAGAAGGGCUGAAAAGGGGAGAUGUUACUGAGGAUAUAGUUAUCUAUGACAUCACUGACAAUAUGGAGGAAGAGGAGGAAGUGGAAACACGAAUUCCAGCCACACCAGAAACAUCUGAUGACAGCACCUCUGACACAUUAAAUGAUGGGCCUUCCCCUGAAGUUGUGAUAGUGGAGGAUGACAGUGAGAAUGAAGAUGCUCCAGUUGUGCAAGAUAAAUAUGCAAAGGUCAUAGGUCCCCUGAGCCCUGUUGGUGAGGAUAUUUCCAGCCCCCUAAUGUCCAGUGCUGUGCAGCUAAACAGUCAGUCCUCUCUAUCAUCAGAAGACCCAGUCACUAUGAUGGACACAAUACUCAAUGAAAGUGGAGUCAUUUCUCAGAACCUUAAUCUUCUUGGAAAAGUUGAAUUGUUGGAUUAUUUAGACAGCAUCGAUUGCACCUUAGAGGAUUUCAAAGCUUUACUAUCUGGGCGUCAGUUCAGCAUAGAUCGGGAUCUGCUGGUAGAUCUGGAAACUAAAGGCAUUGAGUCUCUGAAAAGCAGCGGAGUCUUGGCUGAACCAGAGAGCUGCAACGGGGACAGCCAGAAAUCCGAACAACAACUUGUGCAGUACACCACUUUCCCACUUCUGGCUCUUCUGGAUGGGGAUUCAGGAGGAAUCUCUGGACAAGCACAGACAAACAAGUCACUUGAAAUGGACCAGCUUCUGGACUCCAGCUUGGAUUCCGAACCAACACAGAGUAAACUGGUGCGCCUGGAACCACUGACGGAGGCAGAGGCCCACGAGGCCACUCUAUUCUAUUUAUGUGAACUGGUCCCAACGCCACUUGACAGCGAUAUGCCACUCCUGGACAAUUAAAGUCUGGGGCAGUAACUGUAUAUAUUCAUCAAAAUGAUGAACUAUUUAUUGACAGUAUCAUUUUGGUACUCUGGAGUUUGUCUUUUGGUUUUGUAAUUUUAGACAGCGCAAAAAAAAACUGCAUAGUUUUAGCGAAAUAACACUCUUUAGUAGACCGGGAGUGAAGCUCAGAUGAAGGUUUUUUGCAUUUGGUAGCGUUUAUAUGGCUGUCCUAUACUGUAAACAGAAAUCCUCUCAAUCACCAGGAAGGACUACAUCCAAAGCAGCUGUCACUUUAGACAUGCUGGUAGCAUUUUGAGAGUGUUGCCUACAUCCAAGUCAAUCAUCCGCUGGAAUUAUAUCCAACAGGAGGAGCAUGUGAGGAGCGUAAGUACCUGUUUAUAGUAUGAUUCGAGGGACCAACAACUAUUAUUGUCCACUGAUGCACUGUUUAUAGUUUGUAUGUUACUUUUUGUUUUAAACACAAAGCAGUACCUGCUUGAGGCGAGUUAUUACAGUAAGCGGUUUUACUUUUAUUAAACAAGAUCUGUUCAGUG